AUGCCUUCUCAAUCAUCCAGAAUGAGUCGCACUCCUCUCCUAGAGAACAGAAAGCGCUCACGCAAUCUGGAUUCGGAUUCGGAUAACGAAGAACCACGAGCUCAAAGAGUUAGAGUCGGUGAUUCUGAUUCAAUUGAGAAUUUUGAUUCAGAAAUGGCCAUCGAUACACCAGCUCAGAAUGUAACGGCGCCUCCUCGAAGCAGGCAAUCACGAAUCCGUUCUGGUCGCCACGCAAUGUCCAGGCAGGAGCAAGAGCAAAUUUCGAGCACUUUUGCCAAUAUUGGUGCUCCCGCUCCCACUACCGCUCCCAAUCCCAAUAUCACUCAAUCAGCUCCAGUUAGCUCUCCCUCAAGAGCUAACCAUAUAGUUCAAGCAAGCGCCAUUCAUCAAUCUCAUGAGUCUACUUCACAACGACGCUCAUAUGAAGACACCUCCGGCUAUGAUGCUGACAUUAGUGGAGAUGAACGCCCACGAAAGGUCAGACGCAGAAGUGAACGUCAAAAUUCUGUCCAUACGCCAGCAGUCCCCAUCGAAAACAGAAAUGCAGAAGCUGCUGCAUCACCUACAUCAAACGAAGCUUCAGCCGUCGAAAACCAGGGUUCAGAGACUACUUCAUCACCAGUUUCAAGCGUACUUCUAGCUAUCGAAGCACCAUCUAACCAAAUUGCUUUGACGCCUGGAGAUACACCAUACAUUGAUCUCACGUUGGAAGAUUCAAGCGACGAAGAAGAGGGUGAUGCUGCGUUGUCACCAGCCCCAAGUGUGCUUCCAGCCGUCGCAGCACUACCUGUCCAAAAUUCUCAACCCAACGCGAACCGUAAAUUUGUUGACCUCACAUUUGAGGAUUCCAGCGACGAGAAAGAAGGUGCAGCCACCAUGUCCCAGGCGUACAUUGGUGACAGAAUUGUGUUGGUAGAAGAGAAACGCCUUGAACCAUUUCUUUCGGAACCUACAAUCAGAUUCCAAUACUUGCUUGAGGAUGCUCGAACUCAGAAACUGCAUUGUCUUCAAGAAUGGGCUUGUGUAGGAUUCAAAGAUGACGUUCAGUUCUUGAGACAUCUCGCUGUUCUCGGUACCAGCGGUAAUGUGUACACCGUUAUCUUGAAAAAGAAACCAAGAUGUAAUUGCUAUGAAGGCAAUAGAGGUAUACUCUGCGUUCAUAUUGUCUUUAUCCUCACGAAAUUCCUGCAUCUACCAGCGCCACUUCGUCACCAAUCUGCCUUCUUGGAGGCUGAGCUCAGAUGCAUGGUGGGAGAUGAUGUUGAUUGGAUGGGUCCAGUGCCAACUGGUAAAUUCUGUCCACCAAAGUCAAUCGAGGAACAGGGAACUUGUUCAAUCUGCCUCGAGAAUCUCGAAGGCAAUGCAUCCAAGACGUGGUGUAUGGGCCAGUGUGGACAGAAUUUCCAUCUGCAGUGCAUUUGGACCUGGGCCGACACAAACUUUAUGGAUGGACAGCCCGACAUCACAUGUGGACAUUGCCGCGCACCGUGGGUCUGGUUGGGCUAUCAGCUAACCGCAUUUAUUGAGGGGGCGUGGAAUUGGCGAUUUGGGAUCAGCGAAGACGAUGCAGAGUAUUGCUCCUUGAGCGAACUCCUAGAUAGGGACGUGAGCAAGGAUGGGUACUUCAAUGUAGCCGAGCUCCUGGGAGACUACGAGACUGAGGAGGACGAUGCAGAAGCCCAUCAAAGCUAUCAACGAGCGGUUGACAAAUGGAGAGCAGAGAUGGUGACACGGCCUACCACACUCACAGAGGAAGUGAAUGCUUUCGUAGAGCGCUACCAUUCUGAGGUGUAUGAUGAUGUGUAUGAUGAAUAUUUGAAAAGAUCGAAUGAAGGCUACAGUCCUAGUGCUAUCAGGGCCUUGGAAACAGAGGAAAUUGUAGAAACUAAUGUCAGGAGGGUCUUGCAAGGAUUUCCAACAAUUGAUAGUGAGUUCUGUAGGGACUUACACCUAUUAUGA